AGAGAAAUGGAGAAUUGGCGUGGAACAUGAGAGGUUUGGCUUCGAUUUAAAAAGUUUACGUCCCAUGCAAUAUCAACAAAUAGCUGUGCUACUAAAUGGGAUUGCUGAGAGAUUUAAGUGGGAGAAAAUCAUGGAAGGUCAUAACAUUAUUGGACUCAAACAGGUGGGUUUACUGUAUGAUGAGGUUUCCCUGCAGAAUGUGUUAGACAUGAUAGCUGAUUGGACUCCUGAAGAAAGACAGAUGCUGAGAGAUAAGGUUCCGAAAAUGGGUCUAAAGACACCAUUUCGUGAUGGAUUACUCAAGCAAGUUGCCGAAGAUGUAGUAAAGUUUGCAAAGGAUGGCCUGGAAAGAAGAGGCUUUAAGGAAUCAGGGUUCUUAAAUGAAGCGGUGGAGAUUAUGAGAACGGGUAAUGACAUGGCCUUUCAAAUUUUUUCUUUUCCGGGGAUAAUAUGGUGUUCAUGUUGACUAGUCCAUAUAUGCAUGGCAGGUGUAACACCGGCUGAGAAGCUAUUGGAGUUGUAUAAUGGGAAGUGGAAACAACAGAUAGACCCAGUUUUUGAAGAGCUACUAUACUGAACUGAAGUUGGGCACUUAAGCAGGGUCACUUUUGUGUGUGACCAUCGCAAAAUUUCUGGUGUAAUCUAUAUGUACGUAGCUGCUGUCAGUUUGUGUCUUUGUGUAUUCAGGCAUUGGAUUUUAGGCAAAUGAUCCUUCGGUUUCCAGGUUAUGUAUGAAAGGUUAAAAUAAGUUCAAACUUCUUGCUUGAACUGAUUUGCAGUUUUGCACAGCCUAAUGGUAUGUUGUGGG